GCUCGUGGUCGCAAGGCCCAGAAGGUCACCCAGAAGUAUGUCAUCAACGCUUCCCAGCCCGUGAGCGACAAGAUCUUCGACCUCUCUGCUUUCGAGAAGUUCCUCCACGACCGCAUCAAGGUCGAGGGCCGUGUCGGCAACCUCGGCGACAAGGUCGUCAUCUCCCAGGCUGGUGAGGGCAAGGUCGAGGUUGUUGCCCACAUCCCCUUCUCUGGCCGCUACCUCAAGUACCUCACCAAGAAGUACCUCAAGAAGCAGCAGCUCCGUGACUGGCUCCGCGUCGUCUCCACCUCCAAGGGUGUCUACGAGCUCCGCUUCUACAACGUCGUCAACGACGAGGGCGAGGAGGAUGAGGAGUAA